AUGAGUCGAAGUGUUGCAGUCGAAAAGUUUCUUGGUUACGUCAAAAUCAAUUCACAGAGCAAUGAAAAUACACAUGUAACACCAUCAACAAAGUGCCAGUACGACAUGCAGACACAGUUGAUGAAAGAGCUGGACGAGAUCAAGACACCAUACGUCUUCGAGAAAGAGAACUGCAUUUUAAAGGUUGACAUGCCGUCAACAAACGGAUCGACAAAAUCUAUUGGGUUUUUUGCACACAUCGACACAUCUCCGGAGGCUUCGGGAGAACACGUGGAGCCGAUUAUACACAGACUUCCAAAUCAAGUCACUUCUGAUUUGACUCUUCCCAAAAACAACACGGUGAUUGACAAGGCUGACAUUGAGAAAUACGCUGGUGACGAAAUCAUAACAUCAUCUGGAGACACUUUACUUGGCGCAGAUGAUAAAAGUGGUGUUGCGAUUUUGAUGGGAACGAUUCAUUCAAUUGUCACACAAAACAUCCCGCAUCCGCGCCUCUUGUUUGUGUUCACCCCAGACGAAGAAAUAGGAGAGAGCUGUGACCACGUUGUUGUUGACGACUUACACCUGGACUGUGCGUAUUGUAUUGAUGGUGAUGAGCUUGGAACGUAUUGUGAAGAUGGCUUCAAUGCAUUUGAAGCGACUCUCAAAAUUGAUGGCCAUGAGGUUCACCCUGGAGAAGCGUUUGGUGUAAUGGAAGACGCUGGUUACAUUUUGUCUCAAUUUUACACGAGUUUGCCUAUGUCGAGAAGACCAGAGACAACAAGAGAGAAUCAAGGGUACAUUUUGUGCACUUCGAUGUCUGGUGCUGUGAUGCAUAGUGAAGCAAGAUUCAUAGUGAGAUCAUUUGAAGUCGCAGAGAUGGAGAUGUUCAUUCAAUUAAUGAAAGACCAAUGCGAAGUUUUAAGACAACGGUACAAGAAGUCCACAAUUACAAUUGAGUUUAGAGAACAAUACAGAAACAUGAAGAGGUAUUUGCCGGGCGAUUUGUUGUCCCAGAAGUUGGUUGAAGCGAUGAAACACGUUGGUGUUGAGCCCGUCAAAAUUUACAUGCGGGGGGGUGCAGAUUGUUCACACUUAUCUGCUCAUGGUCUUCCAUGUAUCAACAUGUUUGCUGGCGGUAAGAACUUUCACUCGAGAAGAGAGUUUGUACCAAUCAAAGCGAUUGACAAGGGUGUUGAAGUUGUCUUGAAACUUGUUACUCUAUUCUAA